AUGGAAUUGAAUCCAGGCGCGGCAACCGUUGAGACGGAAAGGGAGCUUGAUGAAAAGUACCCAAACAGACCCCGAAACCAUGGGCUAAGUCUGCCCUUCCACGAGCUUUUCGUCUCGCUGUUUAAUCCCCUCAACGACUUGAAGAAGAAACUCACUGGUCCCUCGGCGGCUCGAAGGAAAGUAGGGCCCCAUGGGCGUAGCAAUCUCUCGCCGCACGAAUUACGCCGGACUAUAAUCGAACGGUUCAUUUCUCGAUGGCGCCAGCAGGUUGGCAAUGACUUUUUCCCUGCAUUCCGGCUUAUAGUUCCCGAGAAAGACCGUGAUCGAGCAAUGUACGGGCUGAAGGAGAAGACAAUUGGCAAGCUCCUUGUCAAGGCUAUGAAGAUUGAUAAAAACUCCGAGGAUGGUUACAAUCUUCUGAACUGGAAACUCCCGGGCCAAAGGGCAACCAGUGUAAUGACUGGUGACUUUGCCGGCCGUUGCUUCGAGGUCAUUUCUAAGCGGCCCAUGAAAACCGAAGUUGGCGAUAUGUCGAUAGAGGAUGUUAACUCUCGGCUUGAUGAUUUAGCUGUUGCUUCAAAGGAAGACGAGCAACUGCCUAUUCUUGCCGAAUUUUAUAGGCGGAUGAACCCAGAAGAGUUGAUGUGGCUAAUUAGGAUUAUCCUACGCCAGAUGAAAGUCGGCGCUACUGAACGUACCUUUUUUGAGAUCUGGCAUCCAGAUGCGGAGAGUCUUUUUAACAUUUCUAGUAGUCUUCGACGGGUGUGCUGGGAACUAUACCUGCCCAGUAUCCGUUUGGAGGCCGACGAGGCAUGCGUAACACUCAUGCAGUGUUUCCAACCUCAACUUGCUCAGUUCCAAAUGCACUCCUUUCAAAAGAUGAUUGAGAGAAUGAGACUAGCUGAAGAUGAUCCUCACUUUUGGAUUGAGGAGAAACUUGAUGGUGAGCGCAUGCAGCUCCAUAUGGAAUCUGACAGUUCCAUACCGGGUGGAAAGAGAUUUGAAUUUUGGUCAAGAAAAGCCAAGGAUUAUACAUAUCUAUACGGAAAUGGAUUCUACGACGAGAAUGGAUCUCUUACCAGACACUUAAAGGAUGCCUUCGCUGAUGGAGUUGAGAAUAUUAUUCUCGACGGUGAAAUGAUUACCUGGGACCCCGAGCAAGAUGCCCCCGUUCCGUUUGGUACUCUCAAGACUGCAGCUAUAGCAGAGCAACGAAACCCGCUUUCUACCGGUGGCCAUCGCCCCUUAUUCAGAGUGUUCGAUAUCGUAUAUCUCAAUGGCAAGGCCUUGACCCGGUAUACGCUUCGAGACCGACGUCGAGCUCUAGAAGCUAGCAUAGUUUCAGUGCAUCGACGGUUUGAGCUCCACACUUAUGAGGUUGGUAGCAGCGCAAGUGAUAUUGAACCACUACUUCGAAAAGUGGUCGCAGAGGCAUCGGAGGGGCUGGUCCUAAAGAACCCAAAUUCGCCAUAUCGGCUCAAUGAGCGUAACGAUGACUGGAUGAAAGUGAAGCCAGACUACAUGACAGAGUUUGGAGAGUCCCUCGAUUGUAUUGUUGUUGGGGGAUACUAUGGCUCUGGUAAAAGAGGCGGGAACAUAGCAACGUUCCUUUGCGGUUUGAGGGUCGACGACGCUUACACACAAAACGGGGCCAAUCCUAUGAAAUGCUACUCGUUUUGCAAAGUUGGCGGUGGUUUUACCGCCGCAGACUUUGCGAACAUUCGUCACCACACUGAUGGCAAAUGGAAAGAUUGGGACCCAAAAAAGCCGCCCACCGAAUACAUUGAGCUUGCCGGUGGUGAUGCCCAGCAUGAACGCCCAGAUGUAUGGAUCAAACCCGAUGAUUCAGUUGUUUUAUGCGUUAAAGCCGCAGCUGUCACUCCCAGUGAUCAAUUUCGCCUUGGGUUAACUGUUCGUUUUCCUCGAUUCAAACGCCUAAGAAUGGACAAAGACUGGAAGAGUGCACUGUCUGUACAGGAGUUUAUGGACUUAAAAGCCGGCGCUGAGCAGGAAAAGAAAGAAAAAGAUUUUCGAGUGGACAAUUCUCGUAGGAAGAAAGUUAAAAGGAGCACCAAGAAGGAACUGACAGUCGCUGGCUAUGGCCGAGCGAAGUCUCCCUAUUUGGGUGAAAAGGGACACAUCUUUGACGGACUUUCAUUUUUUGUUAUGUCCGAAUCACUACAGCCUGUCAAGAAAUCCAAGGCCGACCUUGAACAGCUAAUCAAGGUGAAUGGAGGGAAAAUUUAUCAAACGAAUACUGCAUCAGAGAAUACCAUUUGCAUCGCCGACAGGAGAACUGUGAAAGUCGCAUCAUUGCAGAAAGCAGCCAUCGAAAAUGUCAUUCGACCUUGCUGGAUAUUUGACUGCAUAGAGCAAAAUGAAACGGAUGACGAGGAUGGCAGCAUUCUUCUCCCGCUGGAGCCACGACAUAUGUUCUUCACAACAGAAAGCCGCAAAGAAGAGAUUAGUGGCAAUGUUGACAAAUAUUCAGACAGUUUCGCGAGGCGUACGACUGUAGCAGAACUCACAGAGGUAACCGCAUCACCUUACUAUUCUCUAAACGCCCCUCCUUGUUAUCUAGCCCCAAAACUAAUCACGAGCCUCGGUGAUGCAGAUUCUUCGAAAAAUGCCCAUAAUACCCAGCAUACAUGCACAACAGAAGUCAGACAUGAUGUCCAGCCUGACCUCGGAUUCCUCCGGAAGCGCCAUUCCCAAUAUCUUGGGCUGGUUGUUUAA